GGCGACGACGCGAGAGUACCCACGCAUUUAACCAAAUAUGGCGCAGUCUUAUCUCGGUUCUUUGCCUAAUUUCGACUACAAAUCCGGAGAGUGGUCUAUUUUUAAGGGCAAACUAACUCAGUUUUUCAAAGUAAAUGCUAAUAGUAUUACAGCCGAUAACAAAUGUGCAGUGUUAAUAACGCAUCUUUCGGACGAUUCGUAUCGCUUGGCACGUAAUCUCGUGUACCCUCGUGAUUUAGAAGUGCAUACGUAUGACGAACUUAUUGCUGUUUUAGAUAAACAUUUUAAACUAAAAAAGUGUUCGUUUGCCAAUAAGGCGAAGUUCUACAGUGCGACGAAAAAGCCAGACGAGUCUUUAGGAGACUGGGCGGCUCGGCUACGCGGGUUGGCAAGUUAUUGCGACCUAGGCAGCGCCCUGGAGACGGUGCUGACGGACCGUUUCGUCCUCGGUCUGGGUUCCGGCCCCGAGCGCGACAAGCUGUUUGAGCAAGACGCGGCGACCCUUACGUUCGCCAAGGCGUUGGAGGUCGCAGAGCAAGCGGCUAGUGCUAGGCAAGCCCAGGCGAUGGUAGGCGAGACUGGCAGUAUCGGCAACGUGCCGAUAAAGGAGGAGCCGGUUUUCCGUGCGGCGAGCGCGGCGAGCACUGGGCGCGGCGGCGCCCGUGGCCGCGCCAGCCGCGGUGGCGGAGUUGGCGCCGGCGCCGGUCGUGCUACGGCGGAUAUCGCAUCGGGUUCCAAUUGGCAUGAACGUGAUCACGUAAAUAGGUGUAAUAUUUGCGGUAUGAAGAACCACAGUGCGGAAACGUGUCGUUAUAAAGGUUAUAAGUGCGGCAAGUGUGGUGUUAAGGGACACUUAAAGAAAGUAUGCAAACUAAGAUUUCACAAUAUCCAAGCACAGGAAGGAGAAUUGGAAACUUCUUGCGAGGACUGUGAGGAGUGCGCGCUGUACAAUUUAAGGUAUGAACAUUACGAUCCGAUUAUUUUAACUGUAUUAAUCAACGGCGACAGAUUCUAUAUGGAAUUAGACUCGGGUUCUGGAAUAAGUGUGAUUUCCGAUAAAAGUUAUAAAGAAUAUUUUUCUCAUAUUCAGUUACACGAGUGCAACAUUAAAUUAUGUGUUUAUAACGGGCAUAAAAUGACGCCAAUGGGUGUAUUGUUAGUAAAUGCUGAGUACAAUUCAAUUAAAGACGUUCUUAAGAUAUAUGUCAUACCUAAAGGAGGUCCGCCCUUAAUUGGCCGUGAUUUUAUGGCUAAAUUCGGCAUUAAAUUUACCACUGAGGAAAAUUAUAAUAAUAAUAGUAUAGCCAUUGACCAUUACGCCGGGGAGAUUCGACAAUUAUUACAUUCUUAUGCCGAUUUGUUCAGCGAGGGAUUAGGAAAUUUUAAUAAAUUUAAAAUAUCACUGCGCCUUAAGGAAAAUGUUGUACCAGGUUUUUUUAAACCCCGACCAGUUCCCUUUGCCCUUAAGCACAGAGUUGAUGAGGAACUCGAACGUCUUGUUGGUUUAGGUAUAUUAGUACCGGUGAACUUUUCCAAGUACGCGACUCCAAUUGUCCCGGUUUUGAAGGAGAACGGGAAAAUUAAAAUUGCAGGCGAUUAUUCGGUAACGCUAAACAAAGACUUGGUUAUUGACAAAUAUCCUAUGCCGCGUAUAGAAGAAGUAUUUGCGAAAUUAGGAGGCGGCGAACGUUAUACAAAGCUGGAUUUGAGCAAUGCGUAUAACCAAUUCGUAUUGAGUGACGAGUCCCGCGAGCUCACUACCAUUAGCACCACUCGAGGAUUGUUCCAAUAUACCAGGCUCGUAUAUGGUCUGGCCAAUGCGCCGGCUAUAUUUCAGAGAACAAUGGAGACCCUGCUGGUAGGUAUAGACGGAGUGAGCAUCUGGCUGGAUGAUGUGUGUAUCACAGGCCCGGAUAAGGCGACUCAUUUGGAAAGGUUGCGCGAAGUUUUGUUUCGAAUUAAAGACGCCGGUUUAAAAUUACAAAAAGAUAAGUGCGAGUUCUUUAAAUCGAGCGUCACAUAUUUAGGUUACGUUAUUGACAAAAACGGCCUUCGAACUUGCCCCAAAAAGAUUGAGGCAAUAGUUAAUGCCCCGCGCCCAUGUAAUGUUUUGGAUGUUAAGCGGUUUUUAGGGUUUAUUAAUUAUUAUCGGAAAUUUAUACCGCGCGCCUCAAGUGUACUUAAUCCGUUGCACGAAUUACUUAAGGUCGACGCUGUGUGGAGAUGGGGACCCGAGCAGGAGAAGGCAUUCAUCGCGAUUAAACGUGAGAUGGCUUCAGGCCGAGUCCUAACUCAUUUUGAUCCGGAAGCGCGACUGGUCUUGAGUGUUGACGCUGGACCCGCCGGUCUGGGGGCCGUGAUAUCGCUUGGCCCGGAAGGUCACGAGCGACCCCUGGCUUUCGCCUCCCGGGCACUUACGUCUAGCGAGAAAAACUACAGCCAGGUCCACAAGGAAGCCGCAGCCAUAGUGUACGGAGUAAAACAUUUCCACCAGUACCUUUACGGACGAAGUGAACCAUUUGUACUUAAAACUGACCAUCGACCCCUACUUGCCAUAUUUGGCAAGAAAAAUGGCAUAUCCGUUAUGGCUGCCUCGCGUUUGCAACGGUACGCUAUUUACUUAUCAGCCUACAACUACGUCAUUAGUUACAUUACUAGUGAAAAAAAUGUUGUGGCUGACUAUUUCUCUAGGGCACCGCCGAAAGUAGUAAAUCCGUCUGAGUUAAAUAUUGACGAAGGUAGUUCAUAUUUAAACUUUUUAGACGAGCAAACCUUACCAAUAUCGUUUGAAGAUAUUCGGGCGGCAACGGCCUUAGACAAGACAAUGAAAAUUGUUAUGAAGUACAUUAAAAACGGGUGGCCGCGUAAAAUUAAAUGUAAAAAUAUUCAACCAUAUUUUAGAUGUAAAACUGAUUUAGAAAUCGAAAAGGGUUGUAUUUUACGCGGUCAUCGAAUAGUUGUCCCUCCGGCCCAUAGGGCACGCGUGUUAGAGGAAUUGCAUAGGGGACACUUAGGAAUCGUUAAAACUAAAAGUAUUGCGCGCGGUAAGCUUUGGUGGCCAGGUUUGGACUCCGAUAUAGAACGCAUUGUGCAAAAUUGCACCGUAUGCAGUAAACUGCGGACCGCCCCACCCCGCUCGCCCCUCUCGUAGCCUCGCGCGCGUGCAUGCUGGGAACGUCUUCAUAUUGACUACGUGCAGGUCGGGCAAAGGAUGUACUUGGUCGUGGUAGAUGCAUUCAGCAAAUGGUUGGAGUGUUUACACAUGAGUAAAGAUGUUUCGACAAGAUCGUUAAUUGUAAAAUUAAAAUAUCUAUUUUCUACAUUCGGCCUUCCCAAAACUAUAGUGUCUGAUAAUGACCCAAAAAUAAAUAGUGAUUUAUUUAGACAUUUUUGUGCAGUAAAUGGGAUAAAAUAUUUAAAUUCACCAAUUUACCAUCCCUGCAGUAAUGGUCAGGCCGAAAUAUGUGCUAAGA